CGGGCGUGGCGCGGCGGCGCUGCUGCUGCUGCUGCGGACAGAUGGGGUGCGGCGGCAGCUGCUGGGGCUGGGGGCUGGCGGCGGCGGCGGCGGCCGCGGCCGGCGGCCUGGGCAACGCGCUCGUCUGCCUCGCCGUCUGCCUCGAGCGCCGCCUGCACAACGCCACCAACUACUUCCUGCUGUCGCUCGCCGCCGCCGACCUGCUCGUCUGCCUGCUCGUCAUGCCGCUCGGCGCCAUACCCGGCUUCUUCGGCUACUGGCCGCUGGGGGCGGCGUGGUGCAACGUGUACGUGACGUGCGACGUGCUGGCGUGCUCGGCCAGCAUCCUGCACAUGAGCUGCAUCUCGCUGGGCCGCUACCUGGGCAUCCGCAGCCCGCUGCGCACGCGCCGCGCCUACAGCAGCAAGCGACUCGUCGGCUGCAAGAUCGCGCUCGUCUGGCUGCUCGCCAUGCUCGUCUCCUCCUCCAUCACCGCUCUGGGCGUGCACGACCGCAGGAACAUCAUGCCGUCGGAGCGACAGUGCGCCAUCAACAACCGCUACUUCUUCGUGCUGGGAUCGCUGGUGGCGUUCUACGUGCCGAUGCUGGCCAUGGUGGUGACGUACGCGCUGACGGCGCAGCUGCUGCGCAGCAAGGCGCGCGCCGCCUCCGCGCCGGUCGCCGGUCGCCGCUGCAGCCGCAUUAGCCGCCUGCGCCCCAGCGCGUCGCAGCCGGCGCUCGCGCUGCCGCUGGCCAAGUGGCGCUGCGACCAGCUCAGCUCCUGCCCGUCGGCGCUGAACCUCAGGUUCGGCAGCGGGCGGCGCUCGGCAGCGGCGCGGGCCGUGCGGACGGAGCAGAAGGCGAGCAAGGUGCUGGGGCUGGUCUUCUCGGCGUUCGUGCUGUGCUGGACGCCCUUCUUCGUCCUCAACGUGCUGCAGGCGGCGUGCCCCGGCUGCGACGUGCCGCCGCGCGUUGCCACCACCUGCCUCUGGCUGGGCUACGUGUCGUCCACCAUCAACCCGCUCAUCUACACCGCCUUCAACCGCACGUUCCGCGCCGCCUUCGCGCGCCUCCUGCGUUGCCGCUGCUGCUGCCGCCGCGGCAUCCGCCGCCGCCGUCGCCGCCCCCCGGCCGCCCCCGCGCCGCCACCGUGGUCGCUGUCGCUGUCGGUGCUCGCCUCCGGGACGGGGACAGCCACGACCUCUUCCCAGGCAACCACGCCCCUCUACUCCUCGCCGGGAUUCGCGGACUCAGAGUGCUGAAAGCCAAGCCAACCCUACCACCCACCCGCAGCCAAGCGAACACGUUCACGCUUCAGUCACGUGCGUGUGCGUGUGCGUGCGUGCGCGCGAGCGCGCUCUCGGAACCAGCAGACUAACCUGCCGUACCCUAUUUAGGCUAAAUGAAUGAAACCUGCGCUUUAUAACUCGCAGUACCCUCAUUUAUUUGUGUAUUGCAAAUGUUUAGCGACUUAAAAGCUAACUGUAGUACAAACUAGACUGAUCCAUGUACCUUAAAAACACAGACGGAAUGACAAAGCUUGUAACCAGGCGUAAUAUGUUACAGCUAACCCUAAAUAUAUAGCAAUCGACAGAACAAAAUCCGUAACUCUCAAACCCGUCCCCACAAGAUUAACAAAGGUUCUUUGAAAUCAGGCAGAUUUCACAUUAAGCGGUAGUUUUCACUGCAGUGUGUGAAGGUACCCGCAACUGCUUCUCCGUUCAUCUGCACAACAGCCGUCCGAUCUACGAGCACAGGUGGUGUCACGAUGCCGUCGUCGUCGUCUAAUAUUGGACUUGUGUAGGUGCCAUGGGACUUAUUACCCCAAUGACUUCUCUUGAGACAAAGUAAUCAACGUCUAUAAUUGCCUUUUCACAUUUCAUACUAUCUCCUACCGAGGGACUGCGCGCAGUGUUUAGCACAUGGACACGCAUUCGAGAGGACGACGCUUCAAAUCCCUGUCCGGCCACGUACGUACAGAUUUUCCGUGAUUCCAGUAAAUCACUCCAUACAAGUGCCGAGAUAAUUUCUCUGAAAAGGGCAUGGCUGAUUCCCUCCCUAUACCUUCGUCUAUAACGACAGUACUAUCGAUGGGACAUUACACUCUCCAUCCUCCUUCCUUCCUUCUCGCGUCUGACGACCGUCUACUCGUCAACGUUGGGCACAAUUGUGCAAAAGAAAUAAAGAAUUUGACAGUAUAUAACAUUGUAAACAGUGGUAACUACACCACAUAAAUACCCAUCUUGAGCGUACACACAAUGUGGGCUCAAACUGCUAAUGCAACAUAGGCACUUACACAGAAUUAUUAUUAUUAUUAUUAUUAUUAUUAUUGAUGCUGCUGAUGUUUUUUGCCCUAUGAAAGCCCAUAUUGCUAUGGAUGACAGUAACCGUACGAUAGGUAGAGCACACAAGACCAUUAAACACACAAUCUACAGGGGGAAAAAAAGAAAUACACAGCGUACACACGCAAUAUCAAAAGAGACAGGCUGUACCAAUGUAGAAUAAAAGGCGUGCAGGGAUUUUAACAGAGGAAAGAGAACAACACUGCGAAUAACAUUCGAAUUCCAAUAAAAUUGUUAAUGAUCAACAAUUCACCGAAUGUGUGGAAAACUAAAUUCAAGUAAAGUCAGUAUCCAUAUCCCAACAGGAUGAAUAUCUCAUUAAUUACUAAACGCAGUGUGCUUCAGUAACGUACACCCGAUUUGACAAGGCUAUACCUUCAUCACGAACGAAAGUAGAAAUAUUGGUUCAAUAUUACACAUCGAAACUGAAAGUUGCCCUCGGCGCCAGUUACAAGGUGCCAUUUCAUGUGGUAGCCGUUAAGGCUCACCUUAGUCCGCUAGGUAUUAUCCAAAAUGUGUCUACUAAAGUUCACGUUAACACAGCAAAAAAAGGCGUUUACUGUUCUCCACGGAGAAUUCAAUUGCAAAUAUGCGGUGUCAUUGUAGUCGCGAGUAUGGCCCUGUACCUCACACAGCUCUUGCAUUCGAUGACAGCAGCAGCGGUUUCAAGACACUGCUUGCUGUCAAGACGUAUAGAGCAUUCAACACUGUUUCGCAUGUGGUACGCAAAAAACUACACGUACCGGCCGAAAGUUGACCAUUACUCCUGUGCCUGGUGUGUUUUACGGCGACGUUUGUGUUUCAAAAUCACACAGGAAUCGCUUGCUACAAGCCUUUCAUAACCGUGAUCAACAAAGUUUACUUCAGUGAAUUCGUUGUGGGCGUGGAGAUGGAAGAUGUUCUGUGUUCAGCGAUGAGGCUACGUUCCAUCUAAGUGGGAAAGUGAACCGCCAGAACGUAGAUACCACACAUAACAGUCGAUCAAGAAACCGAGGCUCUACGAAGCUUCACGUGUUUUGUACCGUUUCCCAGGGAAAGAUUUACAGCUUUUUUUCUGUUUCGACUUUACAUGAAUUGCUUACCUAGCCAUGCUGGAGAUUCUGCUAUUACAAGAACAUAUUUUCACUCUGCAAAGGGACCACACUGGCACCUGCAUGUAACAAGAUAUUGUAACAAUUAACUUCCUCAACAAUGAUACGGUCGCAAUGAGGGUACGCAUCCCAGAGGGUACAUGGAACAUUUGUGAAAUGUAGAUGAAAAUCUUAAUACUAAAUGUAAAUGUGAAAGGCGCCCAAGGCUGUUGUCGCAUGCAUGUAAGAGAUACAACCGUGUAAAAUCAUAUAUUACUUUUUAAAAUAACAAAAAACUUUUAGCUCUACGUGUAUGUUAAAAUUUGCCUCAAGUUUCUAUCUUCAUUCAAGUAGCAAACACACUGGUGAUCCAAAACUUUAACACCACCUGCUUAACACGAUCGCAAUACAGCAACG